GUUUGCAAUGGUAGACCAACACUUAAUCGUGGCCAAGAUCGUGGCCAUAGUGGUGCUCUUGCUCGUGACCCUGAUCUUCUGCUUUAUUCCCUAUCUUCUGGAUCGCUUCUACAAGUGGACCCAGCGGCCCGAGAACAAUGCUCGCGAAUUCAUCCACAUGCUGCCGGAGGUGGUCGAGGUGGUGAACGCUCUCCAGGACUGCCGCAUGCUGGCCCCCACUCCCUUCGGACUGCCGGAGGUUCUGCUCUGCACUGGCUUCUAUCUGAUGUACUGCAUUGAGGAAAUCAUGCACUUCGCGGUUCGCCGACGGCAGCAAAGGAAGCUACGGGAGGUGGUCACGAUCAAGGAUGCGGGCGAGGAGCUGCGGGCGGAGAUUGUGGUCCAGCCAGAAGAAAGUCCUAAGGAGCCCAACUGGCUGCGUGGCCUCGGAAUAAUCGUGGCCCUCUCCCUGCACGAACUCUUCGGCGGCAUGGCCAUUGGCGUGGAGAUGAGUGUGAGCACGGUGUGGUUCAUGACCGGAGCCAUUUCCGUCCACAAGCUCGUUCUGGCCUUCUGCAUCGGCAUGGAGAUCAUGAUGGCCCACACCCGCUGGCUGCUGGCAGUGGUUUACCUGCUCGUCUUCUCUAUCGUAACUCCGAUUGGCGUGGGCAUCGGAAUUGCAGUUAGCGAAUCUGCCGCGGCUAAUCAGCCCAGCACGGUAUCAGGAAUCCUCCAGGGGCUGGCCUGUGGCACCCUCAUCUACGUGGUCUUCUUUGAAAUUGUGGCCAAAAACCAUGCGGGCAUACGCGUUUUACUAUCGUCGAUGGUGGGAUUCGUCCUGAUGUUUGGUCUCCAGAUAGCAAUUGGCGAGGCCAAAGGGAAGAGCCACUUCACAUGCCCCUAGGGUAACUCGAAUUUUAUAAGAAAACACAAUGUUAGUCUAUACAGAAAUUAAAAGAAACUAUCUAAAAAUAAAGCCUGAAUUGCAUUUACUUUUGGCUUUAUAAAUAUGAAGAAAAGCGAAC